AACGCUCCGCGACCCCCGCGGGGUCUUCUUUUCUCGAGCCCCGGGUGCCCGUGACCUGUCGCCUGUGUCCUCAGAGGUCCCACGUGGCUCCGCCGCAGCCUCUGGCGCGCUGUGACCCUCAGUGACCGCGGAAGCCGUAGGGAGGACGCGGGGACACCCCGGAAGCCGGGAAAUGGACCCAGUGGACUCUGAGGAUGUGGCUGUGAACUUCACCCUGGAAGAGUGGGCUCUGCUGCAUCCUUCCCAGAAGAAACUCUACAGAGAUGUGAUGCGGGAAACCUUCAGGAACCUGGCCUCUGUAGGGAAAAAAUGGGAAGACCAGAACAUGGAAGAUCGGUACAAAAAUGAGGGGCAAAGUUUAAGCAAUCAUAUGCUAGAGAGACUCUUUGGGAAUAAAGAACGAAGUCAAUUUGGAGAAACCUUCAACCAAAUUCCAAAUUUUACUCUGAACAAGAAAAUCCCUGCUGUAGUAAAACCAUAUGAAUGUAGUUUGUGUGGGAAAGUCUUCAUGCAUCAUUCAUCCCUUAGUAGGCACAUAAUAUCUCACACUGGACACAAACCAUAUGAGUAUCAGGAAUAUGGAGAGAAACCAUAUAAAUGUAAGCAAUGUGGGAAAGCCUUCAGUUAUUGUAACUCCUUUCGAAGACAUGAAAGGACUCACACUGGAGAGAAACCCUAUGAAUGUAAGGAAUGUGGGAAAGCUUUUAUUUCCCUCACAAGUGUUCGGAGACACAUGAUAGCCCACACUGGAGAUGGACCUUAUAAAUGUGAGGAAUGUGGGAAAGUCUUUGAUCGACCUGGUUUAUUUCGAAUACAUAAAAGAACUCACACUGGAGAGAAACCCUAUGAAUGUAAGCAAUGUGAGAAGUCCUUUAUUUCUAUCACAGGUUUUCAAAGUCACAUGAUUAGGCACACUGGUGAUGGACCUUAUAAAUGUCAGGAAUGUGGGAAAGCAUUUCACCGUCCCAGUUUAUUUCGAAUACAUGAAAGGACUCACACUGGAGAGAAACCCUAUGAAUGUAAAGAAUGUGGGAAAGCCUUCAUUUCUCUCACAAGUUUUCAAAGUCACAUGAUUAGACACACUGGAGAUGGACCUUAUAAAUGUCAGCAGUGUGGGAAAGCCUUCAUUUUUCCCAGUUCUGUUCGAAAACAUGAAAGGACUCAUACUGGAGAGAAACCCUAUAAAUGUGAGAUAUGUGGUAAAACCUUCAGUUAUUCCAGUAAUGUUCGAACACAUGAAAGGACUCACACUGGAGAGAAGCCCUACGAAUGUAAGGAAUGUGGGAAGGCCUUCAUUUCUCUCCCAAAUGUUCGAAGACACAUGAUUACGCACACUGGAGAAGGACCUUAUAAAUGUGAGCUGUGUGGGAAAGCCUUUGACUGUCCCAGUUCAUUUCAAAUACAUGAAAGAACUCACACUGGGGAGAAACCCUAUGAAUGUAAGGAAUGUGGGAAAGCAUUCAUUUCUCUCAAAAGGGUUCGAAAACAUAUGAUGCUGCACACUGGAGAAGGACCUUAUAAAUGUAGGGUAUGUGGGAAAGCCUUUGAGUGUCCCAGUACUGUUCGAAUACAUGAAAGAAUUCAUACAGGAGAGAAACCCUAUGAAUGUAAAGAAUGUGGGAAAGCCUUCAAUUAUCCCAGUUCUGUUCGAAUACAUGAAAGAACUCAUACUGGAGAAAAGCCCUAUGAGUGCAAGAUGUGUGGGAAAACAUUCAGUUAUCACAGUUCCUUUCAAAGACAUGAAAGAGCUCAUAGUGGAGAUAGACCCUUUGUAGGGAAUGUGGGAACUCUUUCAUUUAUCACACAGCCUUUGAGUGUGCAUGAAAAUGCUUAAUGGAGGAAAACCCUAUAAAUGUAAAGGAUGUGGAAAGUCUUCAGCCUACCUUCUGGAAUUUGGACUUGCUAGGGAACCAUCACCUUUUCCUUCUCUCCUGUUUUCUGCCUUUUGGAAUAGGAAUGUACCAUGCCUGUCCCACCAUUGUAUUUUGGAAGCACACAAUUGGUUUGGUUUCAUAGGGUCACAGCUGAAGAAUUUUACCUCAGCAUGAAUCUACUCUCAAGUGUCCCUCAUAACAGAUUUACAUGAUAUUGAGAUGACACUUAGGAGUUUAGACUUAAGAGAUGAUGCUGGAAUGAAUUAAGAUUUGGGGGGCCUUUGGGAUGGAAUGAAUGUAUUUUACAUGUGAGAAGGACAUGAAAUUUGGGGGGGGGGGCAAGGGUAGGAAUAUUUGGACUGAGCGUAUGUGUUCCCCUGAAUUCAUAUGUUGAAACCCACCCCUCUAAUGCGAUGGUAAUAGCAGUAGAUGCCUCUGUGUAGUAAUUAGGAUUAGAUAAGAUCAUGAGGAUGGAGGCCACAUAAAUGGGAUUAGAGUUCUUAUUUGAGUCCCUAAAGAGAUAGCUUUGCUCUCCACCAUGUGAGGACACAGUGAGAAGAUAGCCAUCUUUGAACCAGGAAAAAGGUCCUCACCAGACCUCGAGUCUGCCAGUGCCUUGACAUUGGGCAUCCCAGCCUCCUGAACUGUGAGAAAUAAAUAAAUGUUUCUUGUUUAUGCCACA